AUGUCUCCUGUACAAAUUCCUCCAUCUAUUGCGAAUACUUUUUCACAUUUAGUUGACUCGCCAAAUGAACAACACACCCCUGUUAGUCCUUUAGUCAAAAUCAAAUCGGAUCACUUGCUGAAGGCUUGGUUUUGGAAUGGUUGUGCGACGCGUCUCUGUGAAAAAAUAGUGAGAGAAGUGAUGUUACCACGCCGUGGGGUCCUCUCUUGCUAUCGCAUAACGACCCCAGAGACUAUGCUCAAAGUUUCAGUCUUGGCUGGUGUAUCUAGAACCUUGAGUUGGGUGUUGUUACCACGCCGUGGGACUUCCCUCUUGCUAUCAUUUAACGACUUUGAAAAUAAACUCUGCGGUUUCAGUUUUGGAG